GGCGUCACGAGGGCAGCAACCUUCACGUCCAACAAUCUGGAAUAAUCUGCCAACAUGCCAGAUUCUAGCGAUAACCCCGAGGCUGGGUCAAAGGAAUCAGUUCCUCCAUCGUCCAUCUCUCGACGAUUCACAGCAGAGGUCGAUGUACGAUGGGGCGACAUCUUGCUUCUCGUUUGUUUCUUUGUCGCCGGUCUGGUUGACAGCGCUGCUUUCAAUUUGUACGGCUGUUUCGUCAGUAUGCAGACAGGAAACACCAUCUUCGUCGGCCUAGGCGUCAGCGGCCAACCCGAAAACCUCCCCGGAAAGGCCUGGUCCCGCUGUUUCCUUGCCAUAAUCUUCUUCGCUAUCGGCGCCCUUUUCUUCUCCAACUUUCAUCGCUACUUUGGUCCCCAGAGGCGCUGGGUCCUUGUCGCGUCCUUUCUCAUCCAGGCCGUCCUCACCGGUCUCGUGGCCCUCCUUGCUACUACUGGUGCGGUCCGCAACAGCCCCAAUGACAGGACCACGACGCACAAAGAUGGAUGGAUCAUUGAGAGGGUGCGCAACGACUUUCCCUACUCCGACUAUGCGCCCAUCAUUCUGCUCGCCUUCCAGAGUGCGGGACAGAUCGUUGCCAGCCGAGUCCUCAAAUACAACAGCAUGCCUACAGUUGUGCUGACGAGUCUGUAUUGCGACAUGAUGAGCGACGCCAAGCUAUUUACCUCACCCAUCACCGACAACGCGGAUCGAAACCGAAGGGCUACUGGAGCCGUGUUGCUAUUUGCAGGAGCUGUUUCAGGUGGUUUCCUGUCCAAGUCUUGGGUCGGAUUUGCUGGUGCUCUUUGGAUUGCUGCGUUUCUCAAGCUGUGCAUCAGCUUUUCGUGGGCUUUGUGGAAGCCAAAGGCGGUAAACAAUUAGAGGGAGGACUGGGUGAUACCACGGGAGUUACAGGAAUACUAGAAGGGGUUGGGAGCGAUAGACAACUGAUAGAUGACAGACACAUUAGACCAAUUAAUAUACCGAGUGGCAUCUUAG